UGGGAAACAGCACAAAAUCCCUGGAAAUCCAGAAGUCCACGCUGACGCUAAUUUGGCUGCAAUUAUUUUGCUGCCUUUUAAGGAAAAGCUAGUUUACCACGGCUUCCAGAUCAGCUUUACACGCUACAAAUGAAUCUUCAUUUCAUUGGAAUCCUUUUUUUCGUCCUGUGGAAAAUACAACUCUCAAGUUGCUAUGGUUGUGAUAUAAACCCUUGUCAAAAUGGAGGAUCGUGUAGAAAUGUUUCAGGAGACUAUAAUUGUACGUGUAACAAAAGCUGGCAAGGAAAACACUGCGAACAAGAUGUGGACGAAUGUCUAACCAGCCCAUGCAARAACCAAGGAAUGUGUCUUAAUUCUCCAGGAAGUUACAUGUGUGGCUGCAUAUCAGGCUGGAAGGGCCAUAAUUGUGAUCAAGAUGUGGACGAAUGUCUAACCAGACCAUGCAAGAACGAAGGAAAGUGUCUUAAUUUUCCAGGAAGCUACAUUUGUCGCUGCAUGCCAGGCUGGAAGGGCCAUAAUUGUGAUCAAGAUGUAGAUGAAUGUUCGACCUACCCUGGAAUAUGUCAGAACCACGAAGAGUGUUAUAAUAUUCCUGGAAGCUUCAUAUGUCGCUGUCAUUUAGGAUGGAAGGCUCAAACUUGUCCACGAGCCAUUAUUUAUGGAUCAAGUAUUCCUGGACAAGGUUAUGUUUAUUAUAUGCUGCCAAGAACCCCUUAUUUUCAAACAAAGAAAAGACAAGUACUGCAGAUUUUAAAGGAGCGAAUGACAUGGACUGACUUUCAAAAAACUGCAAAGGUUGCUUGUAAAACAGCAGGGUACAUUGGACCGUUUUCGCCUUCUCUACCAGGUUAUUUCGAUAAGAAUGCACUUGGCCACUCAGCUUAUAUGUUGAUCCGAUCGGGCGGAUGCAGUGGCGAUGAAACGUCAUUGAUCGCUUGUUCCUAUACCCUUCUCGUCACUCAUAGGUUUUCGAAGUACAGGUUGAAGGUGAAUUGUUUACCACCGAAUCGCAGCCACAUGCACGGAGUUUCCUAUAACCUUUGGAAAGGCAAACUCUUGCCUAGUGACGUUUCCAGUUGGAAACUUGCUUCAAUAUAUCAAAAUAAGCCCAUGGCUUCCCACAUCCUGCCCUCAUUCGAUGUUAAUUUCAGAGUGUACCCUUAUCUAUGUAUCAAACUAUCUGGAUACUUGAUGGUUAAUCGUCCAGGAAUGUAUUCCAUUGCUGCAACUUGUAAAGAUGGAUGUGAAGUAUGGUGGAAGAGGGUCGAGGAGCAAGGUCUUGAUGAUGAUGGGUCAACUGCAAGUAUGAUCAUCAAGCUAAAGUCAACUUUAAUACCAAAUGCGUACGAGCGAAGUCCUGAGCAAAUCAAAAGCAUGCAUAUUGGAUGCCAUUUCUACCAUCUUGAAGUUUACACCAGYUUAUUGUACGAGCUAAAUAUGAAUAAGUUCACAAAUCUGGCAAUACGAUCUCACGAUGAUGGUCGUUGGUCCGCUCCUAUACCAAGCAAAUUUUUGUACUGGUACCGCCCAGGAGAAAGGAAACUUUAUUUCAAUGUGACAAACAGCAUUAGCUCUCGCGUAAAUCUUGGUUCGCAACUUUUAAUAGAAGCUUUGUACAAGUUUUGCUGUGUUGGUGUGAAAUGUCCAUCUUGCCCAUUGACUCUUUACCUUAAUGCCCUUGGACAUAGCAUAUUGGUGAAUAGAAGCUUACAAAUGAACUGUGUGCAAUUAUACCAUUGAUGUUAUACAACAGCCCAAUAAUUACUCUAUAGAGAUAAGCUACUAUUUAAAUGGAGAUAAAGGGACAGAUAAAGAAACGUACAAUUGUCAAGACUGUUCAAGUUUCUGGUGCAGUAGCACGUGUUUUCAUCUUUUCCUCUGAGGUUAUUUAUUUCAAGCUUAGUAGUAUUAACGUUUGGGACCAGGCUCUCGACAAGCACGCUAUUCUAUAUAUGUCAUAUCAAUGUGGAAAAGAUAGAGGAAAUAUGGUUAUCU